AUGAAGGGAAGGGAGAAUGGGAAUGGGGUCGACGAGCUCCAUGUGAUGGUAUUUGUAGCAGCAGAAAUGGAAGUGAGCCAUGGUGGUGGUGGUGAUAAAGUGGGGAGUGAAGAUGGUGACGGUGGUGCCGGCGACAGCGGAGGUGUCGGCGGCAUGGACGAGAAACGGCGGUGGUGGCAGCGAGGACAACAACUGGCGCAUCCCUCUGGGCAGCGACGGGACGAUGACGGCUACAGGGGCGGCUCGGUAUCCCCAGCUGGGUACAGCGGCGACAGCAGCAAUGGGGGUGGGGUAGAGCCCCACCAGGGCGGCAGUGGAGGCUGUGGCGAGUACUGGGCGGCGGCGGCGACGGCGAGCACCGGGCUGUGGCGACUGACGGAAGAAUGGACGGACGUCUGGCUGGCUGGCUGGCGGCGAACAGAUGUCAGACGGCAGGAGGCUCUUCCAAAAGCGUCGACUGCACCCUGA